UACAGCCUGCAUGUGUUCAGUGUGGUCCACAAUUAUGUUUAAGUGUGUCUGAUAUACAGCCCUCAUGUGUUCAGUGUGGUCCACUUAUAUGUGUAAGUGUGUGUUGUACCCCUGCAAAAGGGGGAUAAAUAAUCACGAGAGUGAUAUGUUUUUCCUCAGCAAGAACUUUACUGCAAUCAGUUUGUACAAAAAUACAAUCAUUGACACAUGAAGAGAUUUACAGGAGAGUAGAGAGUACAUAGACUAUUUAUGUUAAACACUAUUCAAAGUAUUACUUGAGAUAUUUCCCCGAGCACAAACUAGCUUAUAUUCAGUACUGUUAAAACUCUCUUAAAGUGCAUAAAACAUAUUAUACAGAUAAAACAAAUAAAAUAUCACUACUAAAUAUUACUGUCUGUGUACGUGUGAAUUCACAAAAUGGUGGCAGUAGACACAGCUACUAUUACACCGUCAACUCACGUAAGUUACACACACUACAGUACUCUCGGUAAAACUUAGUUCUAAAGUACCCAAAAAUGUAACAUUCUCUUAAAACGUAUGACAUAUUAGAUUCAUACAGACAUGUUAACGCUGUUUAAAAUCCACAACAUACCUGCAAAAGGGGGAUAAAUAAUCACGAGAGUGAUAUGUUUUUCCUCAGCAAUAACUUUACUGCAAUGAGGAAAAUAUCGCAGUUUCCCCGAGAUAUGUGGGUGGAGACCGAAGCAAUCGAUCUCACUCAAGAGCAAGACCACUAUGUAGAUCACAGUUUAACACUACGUAUCUCAAACUACACAAUUCAGAACAAAGCAAACGAUGCAAGAAAACACAAUCUUAUUAUUUCAAACCACAUAUUCAUGUGUGAUGAGUUUUAACUCAUGGUUUCAAAUUAUGCUGUAUGUACGCAUUUGUUUCUGCCCUUUUAAACCUUUUUGUGACUUAAAAAAAAUUUUAUACUAUUUAUAAUAACAUAGUUUAUGCAAAAUCAAUAAUAUGCCACACAAUAUACAAAAAGUAAGAUGCAAAAUUAAAAACAUAACUGACAAAAAUACAACAAAUAAAAGAUACCUACUAUAAUAAAAGUAACAAUAAAUACUGUAGCAGAGUAAAAGAUGCAAAAGGUAAAAUGUGAUGAGUACAAAAGGUGUGUUAAGUUUUCUUUUAAAGGUAGUAAGAUGUGCACGUUCUCCAAUCUCAAAGUAGGGAGAAAGCUUAGAAGCUAAAUUAUCAAGGCUGAAAGAGAAUCAGUGAGAACAAAUUACUUAAGAUGAAUGGGUUGAGAAAUAUUUAUUCAUUAAAUAUGCAGCAUCAUUUUACGUUGAUGCCAACUCCUCCUGCCCUGAAUAUAUUUUUAUUACAUAUCAGUAAGGCACAGAUUUCUUUAAGCAUGUUUCAGUUAAAGGCACAGCAUUGAGAAAAGGAGCGGGGGAGCCAGGCCUUUUUCCUGUUCUGCAGACCAUAUAAAUGCAGUGUGGAGAUAGAUCUGUAAAUAUGAGACAUGGAUGUUUGGUUCCCCACCCUCUUAUCUUGGGAAGCACAUUCUUCAGAAAGACAUCUUGGAAUUGAUCAACUUUUAAAUGUUGCAUCAGCUGCAUGAUGUUUAGACAAGUUACUCUGAAAGAUUUGAGAGGUUUUACAUAAUAGUUCAUACAUCACAGUCAGAAUCAUUGUUGUAAUUCACUUUUUAUGUAAGCUUUUAUUUUGUUCUCCAGAUCAUUGAAGUUGGAUCCGUGUGCAGAACACACAGACGUAAGGACACAUGGCUUGUACAACACAGUCUGCCUCAGAUUACGUCAAAAAUGCCAGAAUAUCGCUCGUGGGAAAAUUAAAGAAUCUCUCAGUGAUUUGUGUAAUUGAGGCAGAGCGAAAUGACUACGAUAAACACAGACAAAUACUGGACUCAGUCAAAAGAAAGGGGGAAGCAGCCUGCUACGAGUUCCUCAGGAUUCUUGACGUGACGAGAAAGUGGACCUUAGACAAGGACCUGCACUACUGGAUCAGCUGCUUUCCCUUCAACGAAGACUCACAAACAGAUACAAGCUACUUAAAAGGCUCAAGGCCGUGCCGCAAAUAUCAGGGAAAGUUGAAGAAAAAAGCACAAAAAAUAUCCAAUCAGUUUUGGACAGCAAACAAAAACCUGUUUGAAGGAGACAAUAAGCCCGAUCUGUCGUACACGUCACUUGUGUUAGACAAAGAAAACAUUUCUUCUCCAGUUAAAGUCAAGAACUUCAAGAGCAAGAAAGGCAAGAAGAGUCGCCCUAAGAAGUUAAGGACAUACAUCCCCGAGAACAAAGCAGAAACUUCCCCCAGUGACCUGCUGAAAACAGGUAGAAACAUACUGUUGGUCGGUAAACCUGGGAUUGGAAAGACAGCAGUCACUCACCAAAUGUUGAAGCUGUGGGCAGAAAGAGACAACGAGGAGCUUGAUUACAUGUUUUACUUUGACAUGAGAAAAACAUCCGACAUCAGGAACUUGGAGGAUCUUCUCUUCGGUGUGUUCAGUGAACCAGAAGAAGGCAAAGAAGAG